CGGACUAGGUAAGGCAGGCAUUACAUCCUGCACAUCUCGUCUAACACCCAGGACCGAGAUGCCUGACGAGAGCCUGAAGAAAGAUGUGGUUAAAAAGAUCACUAUCUGGCCACAAUUACUGGCUACCGGUACACUCAGCCUAGCUGUUAUCGGAAGUGGUCUCGCGAAUGGUUGGGCAUCGCCGUACUUGGCUCAACUGACAUCAACGGAAGCGAACGUGCCUUUGAGACUGACAGAUACCGAAGCGUCCUGGGUAGCAUCCCUUUUAAAUCUUGGUCGGCUCGCUGGCGCUUUGCUCAGUGCACUGUGUCAAGAGUAUAUUGGACGGAAGAAAGUGCUUCUACUUGGUGGUGUACCAUUGGCAGCCAGCUGGGUAUUCAGCAUUUGUGCCACAUCGGUCAUGUGGCUCUACACGUCCAGGUUUUGCUCGGGAAUCGGGUCGGGGAUGAUAUGGUCUGCUUUAUCUCUAUAUCUAAGCGAGAUCGCCAAUCCGAAAAUUCGUGGAUCACUGAUAUCCAUGAACGUGAAUGCGUCUUCCUUUGGUUUGUUCUUGGGCAAUUCAAUAGGACCUUAUUUGUCCAUGGAGAUGUUCGGUUACGUGAGUCUCGUUCCGAAUAUUCUCUUCAUAAUCCUCUUCAGUUUGAUACCCGAAUCACCCUACCAUUAUCUCCUGCAUGGGGAUAUCGACAAGGCCGAAGAAUCCUUGAAGUGGUUUAGGCGAGAAGCUGACGUCAAAGCCGAGAUGCGAGAUCUUCAAGAAUUCGUCGACGGGGCUGAAACUAAUAUUUUCAUAAAGUUCAAGGAAUUUCUUAUACCAAAAAAUUUAAAGAAAGCCCUCGUCGUGGUCGGUGUCUACGUGUUCUCCUAUCUCAGUGGAUACAGCGCGCUGACAUCCUACGCAGAGAUCAUUCUGACGAAAAGCGAAAUCACCGUGAGACCAAGCCUCGUGGUGAUGAUCCUUGGAUUUUCUACGAUCAUCGCUGGUUUAUCAGCCACGUUGCUCGUCGACAAAUUGGGCAGAAGAUGUUUCUUGAUAAUGUCCGGUAUAGGAACGUCGUUGUCCUUGGCGCUGUUAGGGUUGCAUUUUCAUCUUCUCUCGUUGGAAUUCGAUCCUGCAACAUUGACAUGGUUACCGAUAGUCGCUUUAUUAACAUUCAAUCUGUCCAUGUCUUCGGGGCUACAACCGAUUCCAAGCACUCUGUUAGGUGAGAUGUUCACGGCAAAUAUUAAAAACAUGGCCUCGUUAUGCGUAUCUUCCAGCAACGCGGUAUUGUCGUUUGUAAGUGCAAAAACGUAUCAGCCCUAUUUAGACUUGGUUGGUGACAAAUUCGUGUACUGGAGCUACAGUAUUUGCGUGCUAUUCUCUGUACCGUACGUCUACUUUUUAAUCCCAGAAACGGCGGGCAAAAGUCUGUUAGAAAUACAGCGAGCGAUAAAAAAGUGACAGUGUAUCACACACUUUUUUUUUAACUUUAUUUUGCAAAACGAAGAAAUUAUCUGCUUGUAUAAAGUGUAAUUUACCAUUUCAAGACUCACUCAUCCCCUGUUACAUUUCACUUCAUACAUUUCCACGAAAUAAUGCUCAAAAAUACACUAAAUUAAUUUAAAUUCACUUUUUUAUUAUCACCACUAUUAUUGUACUUAAUGUUAUCGUAAUAUUGGUGAGCAUCCCUUGGUAAGAGAUCCAUAAAAAUAUACGUGAAGAGAAGAAAUCACAGAGAUAUAUGCGCAAUAGAUAAAAAGCUCGAUAUCUAGAAAGAGACAUCUCUGUUGGAAG